AUGGGGAUAACUGUCACCGCAACACAAGAAGGGACACCAAGGGUGGGAAAUAAAACACAGAAAGAAAGAGUUGACACGGGAGAAAGAGGGACACCAAGGGUGGGAUGUAAGACACAGAAAGAAAGAGUUGACAGGAUAAAAAGAGGGACACCAAAGGUGGGAAAUAAAACACAGAAAGAAAGAGUUGACAGGGGAGAAAGGGGGACACCAAGGGUGGGAAAUAAAACACAGAAAGAAAGAGUAGACAGGGGAGAAAGGGGGACACCAAGGGUGGGAAAUAAAACACAGAAAGAAAGAGUUGACAGGAGAGAAAGGGGGACACCAAGGGUGGGAAAUAAAACACAGAAAGAAAGAGUUGACAGGGGAGAAAGAGGGACACCAAAGGUGGGAAAUAAAACACAGAAAGAAAGAGUUGACAGGAGAGAAAGAAGUACACCAAAGGUGGGAAAUAAAACACAGAAAGAAAGAGUUGACAGGAGAGAAAGGGGGACACCAAGGGUGGGAAUUAAAGCACAGAAAGAAAGAAUUGACAGGAGAAAAAGAGGGACAACAAGGGUGGGAAUAAAAAGAAAGAGUAGACAGGAGAGGAAGAGAGACACCAGGAGUGGGGAAAAACGAAAGAGUAGACAGGAGAGAAAGAGAGACACCAGGAGUGGGGAAAAAAAGAAAGAGUAG